AUGGCGACCGAAAUGCUGUGCCCGUACUGCUCCGCCGCGAAGGGACGUUGCGCCACCAGCACCAGCGGCCGUUACAUAACUGAGUGCGCGACGUGCGGCCGCGUAGUGGAGGAGCGCCAAACGCAGCCCAACCAUCUCUUCCAUAUCCGUGCACAAGACUCCCCUCUCUGUCUAUCCACCUCCGACCUCCCCACCCCAAUCGUCUCUCACUCCGACGACCCCUUCGAGCCAACGGGGUUCAUUACUGCCUUCUCCACCUGGUCGCUCGAGCCCUACCCGAUAUUUGCACAUUCUUCUCUUUCGUUCGCCGGUCACUUAGCUGAACUUGAAAGGGUGCUCGAAACGACGCCGCCGAAUAAUCCGAAUUCGAACUCGGUGGUGGUGGAUAAUUUAAGGGCUUAUUUGCAGAUAAUUGAUGUAGCAUCGAUUUUGGGGCUUGAUUAUGAUAUUUCGGACCAUGCGUUUCAGCUGUUUAGGGAUUGUUCUUCGGCUACUUGUUUGAGGAAUCGGAGCGUAGAAGCAUUAGCCACUGCGGCUCUUGUGCAGGCCAUUAGGGAAGCUCAAGAACCUAGAACCCUUCAGGUAUUGUGA